GCCUCCCAGCGUCUGGCGUGAGCCACCGUGCCCAGCCAAUCCUUCCGUGUCACAGGAGAGACAGUUGAGGCUCGGUGAAGCCCAGCGCAGCGAAUCCCGGCCGGAGUUCCCACCAGGUCCGCGGUUUUUCCGCACUGCGCCCGGCGCCCUCCGUCCCAGGCCCGCGACCCUCACGGCCUCUCCCGCCUCUGAGCUCUGAGCAGCCGGUGGCCUCUCGCUGGCCGUGCCGCUGCUGAGUGUCAGUGGGGAGGGGGCGCGAGGUGCUGGCGGGAGACCACAGGGCCGUGGGGCAGGACCUGGUCGCGUGCUUGGUCUCUUCACUCGCGCGGGACACACAGGGAACGCUGCACCCUGCACCCCGGGCCGCAGGCGGCUCGGACAGUCUGGAACAGCGUGGAACACAGGCGCGCUGGAGUCCCCGCCCGGACAACGGGGCGGGGCCAGGAAAGUUGAGCCCUCGUCGCAAGGGGCCGGACUCUUGCCGGAGGGCAGCGGCAGGCACCGUAAAAGGCAGGGCGGGCGGGGUAGGUGUGGCUCUGCCUGUGACCUGAGUCCCCGCGUCGGUCCCCGUCGUCUCCAGCAGCCGUAGCCUCCCAGCCAUGGGCGCCGUCUGGUCCGCCCUGCUGGUCGGAGGGGGUCUGGCAGGAGCGCUUUUCGUUUGGUUGCUGCGGGGCGACGCAGGGGGCUCGAGGAAGGACGGGGACGCGGAGCCGGAGGAGGACGCCCCUCCUGGGGAGGCUGCGGCUCCAGGAGGCGAUCGGGGUGGAGGCGGUGGACGGAGCCCUGGACCUUCCGGGCAGGAUCUAGUCACCAAACCAGAACAUCUUCAAGAAAGCAAUGGACGUUUGAUUUCUGAGACCAAAGACCUGCUGGAGGAAGCCUGGAGAUUACAGAAUCCUUCCAGAGAAGUCUGUGACAUGUCCAGAGAGCAUGUUCCUUCUGGACAGUUUCCAGACACAACACCUCUAGCUACCUCUGAGAACAGUAACUCUAGGAGUUACCCUGAAUCUUCAAGAAAUGAAAACCUUGAAUCUCGUAUAGGAGAAUGGGGAUUCCCAAAAGGACAAGAGAUGCCUGCUAAAGCAGCUACAUGUUCUGCAGAGAAGUUGUCUCCUAGCAACUUGCUCGUGGACGGACAUGAAGAAGCGAGCCUGGCACAGCUGGACAGGCAGGACCUGGCGAACCACGAGGACUGGGAAAUGGUGUCUAGGCACUCAUCUUGGGGUGACAUUGGCUUGGGUGGCAGUCCUGAGACUUCAGUGUUAAGCCUAAACCAGGGAAUGGACUAUGGGAGAAGCACUGUUAUGGAUGCAAGAGGUCGGGAAGCGCGUGGGGAAGUGGAAAGAGUGGCAGGGUCUUCAAAGACUCAGCAAGUUAGCAUCAGGUUCCAGGUCCAUUAUGUUACAAGCACUGACAGGCAGUUUAUCGCAGUAACUGGAGACCACGAGAAUCUUGGGAGAUGGAACACUUACAUCCCACUCCGUUACUGCAGGGAUGGACUCUGGUCUCAUUCUGUUGUCCUGCCAGCUGAUACAGGGGUAGAGUGGAAGUUCAUCUUGGUGGAGAAUGGGGAAGUGACCCGCUGGGAAGAGUGUAGCAAUAGGUUCCUGGAGACUGGCCGUGAGGACAAGGUGGUUCACGAGUGGUGGGGGGUUCCCUGCUCCAGUCUGCAAAGUCCUGGAGAGGCUGUGACAGAGGGCAAAGGUUAUGGAGCACACAGAGGCAUUUAAAUUCAGCAAUCAGAGUUGUUUUAAACCUGCUAGUGGCUUUUGUCUAACAUCCAGAAACAUAUGUGUGUAUAUAUGCAGGUAACAGUUCCAGUGAGCACGGGCUUCUUUCCCUGUGGCAUGGAUGGUGGGUUUAUGCUGACCCAUCACUACCUUAGGGCUGAUUCUCUUGCGGAGUGACUGGCUAAGCUCCAGCCAUAGGCCAUGGCCAGGAGCAUAGAAACUAACCAGGACAUAGGGUUCAAGCUUGUGCCUUUAGGUGAUGCUUAGACCAAGGUAGCAAAAUAAGCCUCAUUCAAAACAGCUUGUUUCCUCUCAGUACGGCUUCAGGAAUGUUCUUUACUACAUGCGUAUUUUAUAUUUCAAAAUUGUUAACACUAUAUGGAACUAUGAUCAGAAAGUACCUGGUCACUGGAUGUAAUUAGUAAGGAUACCCCCAGUGCUGCGUGUCUUUGUUUGAUUUUAUCUGCCAGGUAUGGUUUUGAAGAAAGCAAGUAUGUCUUUGGCUUAAUAUUCUGAGGCUGUGUAGAAAUGAGGGGCCACGGAAAUCAGUCAUAGAGCAGGCUGUGAGGAAAGGGAGCAUGAACCGGAAUAGGGUGUGGACUGAAUGAGGUGGCCUCAGUGACAUCUCUUAGAGGACAGGGAGACCCAGGCACGGCCUGACUGCAGGGAGGGCACACGCAUCAUUUGCCCACGCGAGCCUUGCAGGGCCAUCUCUCUCCCACUGCCUGCCCUCUCCCGCAGGUCUGGACUGCCCCCUAGCAGUAGUCUCUGUCACCCUCUUUCCUCUCCUUUCAUACCACUAGCCAUCCUGGGUCACAAAUGUAUACUGGACAGUGAUAAGAAGUGUAUCUGUACUCUGAGAAGAAAAAAUAAACAUUUACACUUAAGUUAUUAUAAGUGACCUAAUAAUAAAACCUAUUUU